UUGUUAGAAACUUUUGUGUGCUGUUCUUUGGAGCUUUUCCACAACCCUCUUGUGAGCCCUGAUGAGGAUAAUGGAGAUUUGUGUCCUGAAUCAGUGGUGUUUGAAGAUGUGGCUGUGUACCUCACCCAGGAGGAGUGGGAAUGUCUGGACCCCGCUCAGAGGCGUCUCUACAGAAAUGUGAUGCUGGAGAAUUAUGAGAACAUGGCCUCCCUAGGAUUCCCUGUGUCCAAACCUGAUGUGAUCUUCUGGCUGGAGCAAGGAGAAGAGCUGUGGAUCCUGGACAGGCAAAGAGCUGCCAGGAGAGGGACCUUAAAAGACAGCUGCUCAGAUUGUGAUAGUAGAAAUGAGAACAAGGUGUUGAAUCCAAAGGAAGAAAUUCCUGAAGAGGUGAAAUCACAGUGGAUGGUGUCAGAAAGACUUGCCCAGGAUGUUUCCCAAGGCUCUGAAUUUAGCAAAUCCAAUGGGUGUGUAGGAAGUUUAGUGAGACAACUGGAAAAGACCACAGUGAAAAGUCUAAAGAAUUCUCUUUCCCUGGAGAAUUGUUUCAAGCCAGUGGCAAUGAGAACCCCCAUUGGGGAGAAAAGUCAUGAAUAUACUGAAUUUGGGAGAAACUUCAGCCUAAGUUCAAAUCAGAGAGUUCCUGCAGGAGAGAAAUCCUAUCAACAUGAUACAUGUAGCCAGUGCUUUAAAUGGAAUUCACAGCUUAGCAACCAUCAGAGUACCAACAUAUCCAAGAUUACUUGUGAAUAUAAUAAAUCUGAGAAAGGUUUCAGUCACAGCUCAGUCCUUAAUGAGGAUCAAGUAAUUUCCAUUGGAGAAAAAUCCUAUGAAUGUAGUGAUUGUGGGAAAACCUCUGAUCACAACUCCAAUCCCAUUCAACAUCAUAUGAUUCAUGCUGAAGAAAACCCCUAUAAGCAAAGUGAAUGCAGGAAAGAUUUCAGUCAGAUCUCUAACCUUAUUGGGGGUCAGAGAAACAAUCAAAGAGAGAAGUCUGAUGAAUGUGAGGAUUGUGGGAAACAUCUUAUCCUACAUCAGAGAAUUCAUAGUGGAGAGAAGCCAUAUAAAUGUAGUGAAUGUGGGAAAACCUUCGAUCAGAGUUCAAGUCUUAUUCACUAUCAAAUAACACAUAAUGUAAAGAAGCCCUUUACCUGUAAUGAAUGUGGGAAAACUUUUAGUGCUAGUUCCUCCCUUAUUCAACAUCACAGAGUUCAUAAUGGAGAGAAACCUUAUGGAUGUAAUAAAUGUGGAAAAGCCUUCAAUCAGGUCUCACGCCUUAUCUGCCAUCAAAGAAUUCACACUGGAGAAAAGCCCCAUGAGUGCAAUAUAUGUGGGAAAGCCUUUAGUGACCGCCCAGUCCUUAUUCAACACCGAAGAGUUCACACUGGAGAAAAACCCUAUGAGUGUAAGGAAUGUGGGAAAACUUUCAGCCAGAUGUCAACCCUUAUUAAACAUCAGAGAAUACAUAGUGGAGAAAAACCCUAUGAAUGCAAUGAAUGUGGGAAAGCCUUCAGUCAGAGUACAUGCCUUAUUUAUCAUCAACGAAUUCAUACUGGAGAGAAACCUUAUCGUUGCAGUGAAUGUGGGAAAGCAUUUAGUGCACGCUCAUCCCUUACUCAACAUCAUAGAAUUCACACUGGAGAGAGACCCUAUGAAUGCAAUGAAUGUGAAAAAACGUUCAGUAAUCGUUCAUGCCUUAUUAAACAUCACAGAAUUCACACAGGAGAAAAGCCUUAUGAGUGUAACAAAUGUGGGAAAGGUUUUACCCAGAGUUCUAACCUUAUUCAACAUCAAAGAAUUCACACAAGAGAAAAAAUCCCAUGAAUGUAGUAUAUAAGGUAAAGCUUUUAGUGAGCAUUCAGUCCUUAUUCAACACCAAAGAGUUCACACUGGAGAAAAACCUUAUGAGUGUAUGGAAUGUGGGAAAACUUUCAGCCAGAUGUCAGCCCUUAUUAAACAUCAGAAAACACAUAGUGGAGAGAGACCCUGUUAAUGCAGUGUAUGUGGAAAAACCUUCAGUGAUCAUUCAGACCUUAUUAAACAUCAUAGAAUUCACCUGAGAAAAUCCUAGUGAAUGUGACAAAUGUGGCAAAAACUUUAGGUUAUUCAAUACCAAAGAAUUCACACUGGAGAGAAACCUUAGGAAGGUAAUUAGUGUUAGUAUUAGCCUUUAGCCAGAGAUGGGGGAAAGUUGUACUGGAGUGAAAGCCUAUGAAUGUAAUGAAUGUAACUAGAGUUUUUAAUUAGAAAGCACACCUUAUACAACAUCAAAGAAUUCAUGCUGGAGAAAAACUAUAUACAUGUAAUGAAUAUCUAAAAGCCCUUAGAGUUCUAAUCUUAUUUUUCAUCAAAGAGUACAUAAUGGUAAGAAACCCUGUGAGUGCAGUAAAAUGUGGGAAAGCCUUUAGUGUACACUCACACUUCAUUCAAUGUCAGAAGAUUCAUCCUGCAGAGAAACCUUAUGAAAAUAAUGAUCUUCAGCAGAACACAACUAUGCAUCCCAAGAGUCAUAGGAGAGAGAAGCCCUAUAAAUUCAUUGAAUAUGGAAAAGUUUAGCUUUCCCCUUUUUCAGCUUCAUAGAUUUCACAUCAGAUAAUAGCUUUGUUGAUGAAUCAAUCAACAAGCAUGGGAAAAACAUGGCAAAGUAUAGACAAAGCCAUUUGACUUCACCCUAUAGAUGAUUGCAAACUCCUUCAGGGUGUGGCUUACUUUCCCAUUGAUUUGUAUUUUGUUGCUCUCUUUAGCUCAGUGCUAUGUAAAAAUGUUUUUGGCAUGUUUGAAAAGACUGUUAUGUGUGGGAAAGGCUUCUCAUAGGAUUCCCCUAUUGCACCACUGGAGAUCAGGAAAUCAAUACCAAAGAAAAAUAAAAUAAAUGAAUUGUAAGAG